AAAAUUCUUACCAGAAAGACUUGAAAAUUAAAUCAUAUUAUUUUAAAAACAAAAUAUUAGCUGUAUUAUAAUCUCAAAUAGCUGUUAUUUGUUAAUAAUAUGAGACUGGCAACCUAAGAUGUAUAGGUACCUAUAACACUACUAGAUGGCGCUGUCCAACAAAUGAAAAAGGCUAGGUACAUUUUCAACUAGUUGUAAGUUAUACAAAUCAAUUUUCUAGUGCACUUUUAUGUAAUAUGCAAACUUUAGAUCGUAUGCGUAAAUAAAAUACUACGAAAUAGUUAAAGGCCUUACAUGCAAACCUACCUACGUAUCAACUAGAUGGCGUUAGUUGUAGAAAGUUAAAUAACGAAAUCAAUAAAUUCUUUAAAGAUAGACUGAGACAGAAAGAUGUCAGAGUGAAUACAAAAACGUUUCCUGCGUCUCAAAUUCUCAAUCUUUGAUUUGAUUUGUCCACCAAUUGAAGCCAAUUGGCAACUGGAAUAAUGGCCAAUUGGCCACAAAUUUCUCAGUCUUAUGUUAAUCGUUAACUUAAGCGGUCGCGCGUACAUUUUUUAAGCAGAAACUGAAUUGUUUUCACAAACAGCUAUGCCCACUUGCGUAUUGCGAUAUUGUAAAUCUCGGUCCGGUGGUCCUGAAGUUAACUGGAGUUUUUUUUCGUUUCCUCCAGUGGGUAACAAAACACGUAAAGUAUGGAUACAAUUUGUCCAAAAAGAACGCAGAGAAAAUGAUUGGCUUCCGUCUAGUGCGUCGAAGUUAUGCUCAAAGCAUUUCAGGAAGAAAGAUAUUAAAGUUGGCAAAACGGGCCGAGCUUGUUUAGUAAAAGGAUCAUUACCUUGUGAAAAUAAGGAUAAAAAGCCCAUGGCCGUUGAAUCAGAAAGCGAUGAGGAAUCAGACGCAAAAUCAGAAAGUGAUGACGAUUCAGACUCGAAACCACUAGCUGAUGACGUGUCCGACUCAAAACCAGUGAGAGAUGACAUGUCAGAAUCAAAACCAAUCUUCGAUGAUACUGAUGAGGACGUUUCAUUGAAAGCUCAAGUUAAAAAACUACAAAAAGAAAGAAUACGUCAUCAAGAUAAAAUAAAAAAAUUGGACCAACAAAAUCAAUUGCUAAAACGUAAACUGUCAAAAUUGAAAAAUUUUGUUAUCAAUUUAGUAAAAAAAUAUGAUCUUGAAAUUACCGGUCAAAUGCAAGUCGCCCCACGCAAGGAAAGCGUUUCGUAGAAUGAAGAUGUUCUUUCAAUGUAUCAUAAUCGUGAUGUACAAGAAACAAAAGUAGUUUUUAGGGUCAAAUUUUGUGUCCCAAAAGUGAGAUUUAUUAGGAAAAAUAUUGUACCUAUACCUACGUUGACAUCGAAAUAAAAUAGU